AAAAGAAAAAGAAAAAACAGGGAGAGAAGGUGAAAAGAGCUGCAUAAUAUUAUACUAGUUGGGAACCUUUGACAAGGGCUCUUAGAUAACAUUGGAUCUGAUUUGGUACUUUCGGUGUUGUUUGAGAAUUGAGGAAUAGAAAGCAGAAGCGCAUGGACGCUUUGAGGAAACAAGCCAGCAAGCUCAGAGAGCAAGUUGCCAAACAACAGCAGGCUGUGAUAAAGCAGUUCAGCAGUAGUGGUUAUGAGAGCUCGGAUGUUGUUGUCAUUGAUGAAGUUGAAAUGCAGAGACAUCAGCAGCUAGAAAAGCUCUACAGGGCCACCCGUGCAGGCAAGGACUUCCAAAAAGAAAUUGUUAAAGCAGCAGAAACGUUUACAGCUUUAGGUUAUAAGCAUAUUGAAACAGGAACAAAACUUUCUGAGGAUUGCUGUAGAUAUGGAGUAGAGAACAACGGUGACAACAUGUUGGCUAAGGCUGCAUCAGUAUAUGGUGAUGCUCGCAAACAUGUAGAAAAGGAGCAUGAAGAAUUAAACCGGCUUUUAUCUUCCCAGGUAUUGGAUCCUUUGAGACAAAUGAUCAACGGUGCACCUUUGGAGGAUGCUCGUCAUCUUGGCCAACGGUAUAGUAGGAUGAGACAAGAAGCAGAGACACAGAGGGAGGAGAUUUCUAGAAGACAAAUACGGGUUCGGGAAUCUCCAACUGCUGAACAGGUUGCCAAACUGCAUGCUGCAGAAGCAAAGAUGCAGGAGCUGAAAGCAAACAUGGCAGUUCUGGGUAAAGAAGCUGCAGCUGCGUUGGCUGCUGUUGAAGCACAACAGCAGAGACUUACUUUUCAAAGGCUUGUUUCCAUGGUAGAAGGAGAAAAGAUUUUUCAUUUAAGAGUUGCAGCUAUUCUUGGUGAAAUUGAAGCUGAGAUGGUCUCAGAUAGACAGAAGAAAGAAUCUGCCCCUCCAAUGGUUAUAUCUGAGAAUGGCUCGGAGAAAACAAUGUACUUCUUGGCUGAAGCAGUGCAUCCCUUCAGUGCUGAAUCAGAUAAGGAACUGAGCUUUUCUAAAGGUGACUUUGUUGUUGUGAGAAAGGUGAGCUCAACAGGAUGGGCUGAAGGAGAAUGCAAUGGUAAAGCAGGAUGGUUUCCUUCAGCAUAUGUGGAGAAAAGACAAAGAAUCCCCUCUACCAAUUUGGCUGGUGAAGUUUACUAAGUUCAACUCAUUCUUUGCUUUGUUUCCCAUAUUUGGUUUUGCACUGCAUUGUUCAAAGAGGAUGAACAAAAGGGGUGGAGAGGAUUGUGGUAUUAAUGGAAGUGUUGCCUCAUAUCACCAAAUGAAGAGGAAAAAAAAGGGUUGUUAAGCAGUGGGGUAAUAUACAUGUAGUGUGUUCUUUCUUAAGGGUGCCACUUGACACGAGCUUUGCAGACAGUUUUUCUAUUUUUUACUUUGGAUCACAGACACGAGUUUACUUUUAUCUUUUGUAUUGUAAUUAAUUGGAAAACACGUGUCUUUGUUGAUGAUCAUUUAAUGUAUUUUAUGGAAGAAUGAUAAGAUUUGGAUUUGUACAACUACAAUCCCAAGGUAAUGGAGGGGUCAUUUAUCCUAAAGUGUCACCCCAACAUCUUUUGGGGGCUGCUUAAUCCUAGUGUCAAGCCAUUAAGGUGAUGUUAUGAAUUUAUGACAAUUAAGUUUUAAAAAUGUCCAACUCAGAAUAAGUGUUUUAGU